AUGACAGGUUUCACCGACAGCUGGAAGUUCCACGACCCCACAUCAAAUUCCUCCCACACGGUCACGCCCACCUCGUCCGGGCUCACGAUCACCAUCGAUUCCGGCGCGCGCACCGACUGGUGGACCACCGCACCUGGCUCUCAACCCGAAUCCUCCGCCCACCGCGACUCUGGUCCUCUCGCCUACCAGUCGCUUACCCUCGUCGCAUCUCAAAACUGGAAGCUCUCCGGCAUCGUUCACCAAGAGGGCAGCGAGCGGUUUCAGCAAACCACGCUGUUCGUCCAGCGCCUCAACCCGAAGGGCGGUCGCGAGGGUCAAGCGUGGCUCAAGUCCGGGAUCGAGAACGAGGGCGGACGAAAGUAUGUCGGUGUCGUAGCGACGAAUCCUUUCUCGGACUGGAAUGUCUCGCCGUUGUCCAAAGGGUCGUCGGUGCACAUUGAGAUCGAGAAGACCGGCCCCGACGUGCAUGUGUACUACACGGUCGAUGGGGAGCGGCUGCUGUUGAGGGAGAAGAAGGGAUUCGUGCUGCCGUUGGAUGGAGAAGAGGGCAAGGAGGAGUGGUGGGUGGGGGUGAUGGUGUGCGGCCCGCUCAGCGAGGGAACGAAGGGUAAGGUGGAGCAGGUCAAGCUUGAGCUGGUUGGGGGUUCGCACUAG